AUGAAGAAUUCAUCUUCUUAUUCAUCAGCAGCCCUUCUCGCCUUCUUAUGCCUCCUUUUUCUGUCUCUACCAUCUCCUUCUUUCUGUGCGCAUCCCAAGUGCAACUCACAUGAUAAGAAGGUCCUCCUGAAAAUCAAAGCUGACCUAAACAAUCCCUACCAUUUGGCCUCAUGGGAUCCUAAAGUUGACUGUUGUGAAUGGUAUGCUUUGGAAUGUGAUCGAAAUACUGGCCGUGUCAUUGCUCUCACCAUCUUUGCAGGCAACAUCUCCGGCCAAAUCCCACCUGCUGUUGGCGACCUCCCAUAUCUCCAAAACUUGGAGUUUCGUAAGCUUACAAAUCUUACUGGCGAAAUCCCAUCUACCGUUACCAAGCUCGUUCAUCUAACAUUCCUCCGACUUAGCUGGAAUCAUCUCUCAGGGCCAGUUCCUUCCUUCCUUAGCCAGAUCAAGGCCCUGACUUUCUUGGACUUGUCAUUCAAUAACUUCACUGGUUCCAUCCCUCCUUCGCUUUCUGAGCUCCCUAACCUCCUUGCACUUCACCUAGACCGCAACAGACUCACCGGAAACAUCCCUGAAUCGUUCGGGAACUUCGCAUUUGGAAAUAGUGUUCCUGAUAUUUAUCUUUCCCACAACAUGCUCACAGGCACAAUUCCAAGGUCUUUUGGUGGCUUAAACUUCUCACUGAGGAUUGACUUGUCACGCAACAAGCUCGAAGGUGAUGCGUCAUUCUUGUUUGGCAAGAACAAGACCGUGCAAUUUGUUGAUUUGUCGAGGAAUUUGUUCGUGUUUGAUCUUUCCAAGGUGGAGUUUUCGGAGAACUUGAUAUAUUUGGACUUGAACCAUAACAAAAUCUUUGGGAGUCUUCCACAGAGCUUCACUAAUUUGGGUCUGCAGUUCUUUAAUGUGAGUUAUAACAGGCUGUGUGGCCAGAUUCCGCAAGGUGGGAAGCUGCAAAGCUUCGACUUGUAUCCUUAUUUCCAUAACAGAUGUUUGUGUGGUGCCCCUCUUCCUGCCUGCAAGUGAUUUUCAGAAAAUUGGGACAGAGGAAGCAGGGAUUUGUUAAAAAAAAAUAAACAGUUGUCAUGAUAUUUAAUGUACUUAU